UUAAUUAAUUUCUUUGGUUUUUUCCCCUAGCUUCUUCUUUGACAAAUAUAUAUAUUGUUUUCCAACACGAUUCUUUCUUUUACCAAGUUGGAAAAGCACCAUUUUUGAACUCAUCAGUCUAUUUUUUAGUAUUUAAUGCUGUCAUCAAUGGUGGGACGUAUUCACAUUCAUCAUCAUGUUUGUGGAAGAUCCGGUGACACUUUCAGUCAUUUUACACUAACUUCAUGAGAGCCAUCACAUUGAAGACGAUGACAGUUUGAAGCUUGCGCUUUAUGAGGGCAUGUAUUGAUUGGAACCAGCAUCUGAAAAGGGUGAUUUUUUGUGUUGUUUAACGCUUUUUUUGAGUGAAUAUGUCUUCAGCUACUUGGAUUACUUCCCAUUCAUGUUCAAGCUCUGUGAUUUUAUCUUCCAAGGAGACAUCGAUUCCUGUCAUGAUCCAAUGGUUGAGAUUCAUUUUCCUAUCUCCAUGUCCUCAGAGAGCUUUGUUUUUAGCCGUUGAUCUACUGUUCUUGUUGACUCUCUUAUGCUUUGCGUUUCAUAAGCUCUACUCUAGAUUAUCAGGCAACAUCCAUGGCAGCUCAGACAUCAACAAGCCACUCAUAAGAUGCAAUAAAGCCCUUACCAGGACCACUAUAUGGUUCAAACUAUCCUUGAUUGUAACGCUUGUACUGGCAUUUUCUUACACUAUUAUAUGCAUUAUGGCAUUUCGUAGUAAUAACCAGGAUCCAAGGAAACUGUUUGAUGGGAUGUUUUGGUUAGUUCAAGCUGGAACUCAUGUGGUGAUUGCUAUAUUAAUCAUCCAUGAAAAGAGAUUUGAGGUUAUUAAUCACCCUUUUUCGCUCCGAGCUUAUUGGAUUGCUAAUUUUAUCAUCAUUUCCUUGUUUACAGCUUCUGGGAUCAUUCGUAUCGAAACAAAUCAGGGUCAGUAUUUGAGGUUGGAUGAUAUAGUUUCCCUUGGUUCUUUUCCUUUAUCAGUUCUUCUUCUUGUUGUUGCUAUUAGAGGCUCAACAGGUAUAGCAGUGAGCGGCGAACUCGGACCGGCAAUGGAAGAAGAAGAAACCAAGUUGUAUGAACCUCUUUUGAGCAAAUCCAACAUUACUGGCUUUGCUUCAGCUUCUAUAGUAUCAAAGGCCUUUUGGCUUUGGUUGAAUCCUCUGUUGAAAAAAGGCUAUGAGUCCCCUCUCAAAAUGGAUGAUGUUCCAACUCUUUCACCCGAACAUAGGGCUGAGAAGAUGUUGAAGCUUUUCGAAGUAAAUUGGCCUAAACCGGAGGAAAAAUUAAAGCACCCUGUUCGAACUACGUUGCUACGGUGCUUUUGGAAGGAACUUGCUUUCACUGCAUUCCUUGCAAUCGUGCGGCUUUGCGUCACGUACGUCGGUCCACUUCUGAUCCAAAGUUUUGUUGAUUACACUGCGGGGAAAAGAAGUUCUCCUUAUGAAGGAUAUUACCUUAUAUUGAUUCUCCUUGCUGCUAAGUUUGUUGAAGUGUUGAGCAGUCACCAAUUUAAUUUCAACUCUCAGAAACUCGGGAUGCUCAUUCGCUGCACUCUUAUCACUUCGUUAUACAAGAAAGGUUUACGGUUAACCUGCUCUGCUCGUCAAGCUCAUGGUGUCGGACAGAUUGUGAAUUACAUGGCUGUUGAUGCUCAACAGCUAUCAGAUAUGAUGCUACAGCUUCAUUCUAUUUGGUUGACUCCUUUGCAGGUUUCUGUUGCCUUGGUGCUCUUGUACAUGUACCUCGGUGCCGCUGUGGUGACAUCCUUGCUUGGACUUCUUGGUGCUUUUAUAUUUGCGAUAAUGGAAAGUAGGAGGAACAAUCGUUUUCAAUUCAAUGUGAUGAAGAAUCGUGACUUGCGAAUGAAGGCAACUAACCAGAUGCUUAAUUACAUGCGGGUUAUCAAGUUCCAAUCAUGGGAAGAACACUUCAAUAAAAGAAUCCAAUCUUUCCGUGAAACCGAGUUUGGCUGGUUAAGCAAUUUCCUGUAUUCUAUCGCUGGCCAUGUGAUAAUAAUGUGGUCAACGCCGUUACUGGUAUCGACCCUAACAUUCGGGACUGCACUUUUAUUGGGAGUAAGACUUGAUGCAGGGCUAGUGUUCACAGCAACAACUAUCUUUAAGAUCUUGCAAGAGCCCAUCAGGUCAUUCCCGCAGUCCAUGAUCUCACUUUCACAAGCUGUGAUAUCAUUAGAGAGGUUAGAUAGUUUCAUGAUGAGCAAGGAAUUGGGCGAUUCAUCGGUGGAGAGACAGGAGGGUUGCGAUGAUAGAGUUGCGGUGGAAAUUAAAAACGGGGCAUUUAGCUGGGAUGAUGAAAAGGGAGAACAGGUUUUGAACAAUAUAAAUUUAGAGAUCAAGAAAGGGGAACUCACCGCCAUCGUUGGGACUGUUGGAUCCGGGAAGUCUUCUCUCCUGGCUUCGGUUCUUGGUGAGAUGCACAAAAUAUCAGGAAAGGUUAAGCUUUGUGGGACGACCGCAUACGUAGCUCAGUCAUCUUGGAUUCAGAAUGGGACGAUUGAAGACAAUAUCCUAUUCGGUUUGCCGAUGAACCGGGAGAAAUAUAGGGAAGUUAUAAGGGCUUGUUGUUUAGAGAAAGACUUGGAAAUGAUGGAGUUUGGUGAUCAGACAGAAAUCGGAGAACGCGGAAUUAACCUCAGCGGUGGCCAGAAGCAACGGGUACAACUAGCCAGAGCUGUUUACCAAGAUUGUGACAUAUAUCUUCUAGAUGACAUCUUUAGCGCUGUUGAUGCUCAUACAGGAUCAGACAUAUUUAAGGAAUGUGUGAGAGGAGUUCUCAAAGAGAAGACUAUUUUGCUUGUAACCCAUCAAGUGGACUUCUUGCAUAAUGUUGAUCAUAUCUUGGUGAUGCGAGACGGGAUGAUAGUACAAUCAGGAAAGUAUAAUGAUUUACUAGACUCGCACAUGGAUUUUGGAGCUCUUGUAGCUGCACAUGAAUCGUCCAUGGAACUUGUAGAAGAAGCAGGCAACACCAUGCCUGGUGAGAAUGCCCCCAGAACAUCAAAAUCAGCUCAGGAUGCUUCUAACAUCAGGGAAGUAAAUGGUGAACGUAAGUCCCAAGACCCCCUGAAAUCUGAUAAGGGAGAUUCUAGGCUAAUCAAAGACGAGGAAAGGGAAACCGGUAAAGUCAGCUUGCAUGUGUAUAAAAUGUACUGCACUGAAGCUUUUGGUUGGUGGGGUGUAGCAGCUGCGUUAUUAUUAUCUCUGUUAUGGCAAGCUUCUCUUAUGGCCAGUGAUUAUUGGCUGUCAUAUGAAACUUCAGCUGAACGUGCUCUUCCGUUCGACCCUUUGCUAUUCUUUUCUGUUUAUGCUAUCAUAGCAGCCGUAUCGGUGGUGUUGGUAACGUUUAGAGCCUAUUUCGUUACGCUUAUGGGGCUCAAAACAGCCCAAAUAUUUUUCAGGCAAAUUCUUCAAAGCAUCUUGCACGCCCCUAUGUCCUUUUUCGAUACCACACCUUCCGGAAGAAUUUUAAGUCGGGCGUCGACUGAUCAGACCAACGUCGAUAUCUUCAUUCCAUUCAUUAUGGGGGUUACAAUUGCUAUGUACAUUACACUACUAAGUAUCUUCAUAAUCACAUGUCAAUAUGCUUGGCCAACAAUAUUCUUGAUAAUUCCACUUGCUUGGCUGAAUUUCUGGUAUCGGGGAUACUACCUGGCAUCAUCACGCGAAUUAACCCGCCUCGACUCAAUCACUAAAGCUCCCGUCAUCCAUCACUUCUCGGAAAGCAUCUCCGGGGUUAUGACAAUUCGCGCAUUCGGAAAGGAGGACAGGUUUUGUCAGGAAAACGCUAACCGAGUUAAUUCCAGUUUAUGCAUGGAUUUCCACAACAACGGAUCCAACGAGUGGUUGGGAUUCCGUUUGGAAUUUAUUGGUAGUGUAGUUCUUUGCUUAUCUACCAUGUUUAUGAUCCUUUUACCUAGCAGCAUUGUCAGGCCAGAAAAUGUGGGGUUAUCUCUCUCAUAUGGAUUGUCCCUCAAUGGUGUGUUGUUCAUGUCCAUAUAUUUCAGUUGUUACGUGGAAAAUAGGAUGGUUUCAGUUGAAAGAAUAAAGCAAUUUUCGAGUAUUCAACCUGAAGCAGCAUGGCAUAACAAAAACCAUCUUCCACCUCCAAAUUGGCCUGCCCAUGGCAAUGUUGAGCUCAAAGACCUUCAGGUUCGAUACCGCCCAAGCACGCCUCUUGUACUUAAAGGCAUUACUCUGAGCAUCAACGGUGGUGAAAAGAUCGGUGUUGUUGGUCGGACCGGGAGUGGGAAGUCGACUUUAAUCCAAGUUUUCUUCAGACUGGUUGAGCCAACUGCUGGGAAAAUAAUCAUUGAUGAUAUAGAUAUCUGCAUGCUAGGACUACAUGAUCUCCGACCACGGUUCGGGAUCAUCCCUCAGGAACCUGUCCUUUUCGAAGGAUCUGUGAGAAGCAACAUUGAUCCUGCAGGACAGUUUUCUGAUGAAGAGAUAUGGAAGAGUCUUGAGCGCUGCCAACUUAAAGAUGUGGUGGCUUCAAAACCCGAUAAACUUGAUUCUUUAGUGGUUGAUAAUGGCGACAAUUGGAGCAUGGGGCAGAGACAACUUCUGUGUUUGGGGAGAGUUAUGCUUAAACGAAGCAGGCUUUUGCUCAUGGACGAAGCAACAGCAUCUGUCGAUUCACAAACAGAUUCCAUAAUCCAAAAGAUCAUCAGAGAAGACUUUGCAGCCUGCACUAUUAUCAGCAUUGCUCACAGAAUACCCACAGUCAUGGACUGUGAUCGAGUUUUAGUCGUCGAUGCAGGAAAGGCAAAAGAAUUUGACAAACCAUCACAGUUGCUCGAGACGCCGACACUCUUUGCAGCACUGGUUCAAGAAUAUGCCAACCGCUCUUCCGGACUAUGAAACCGUAUCUUCUUUCGGGUGGAUUUCCAUCCACUGUCAAGAUUGCAAAAAAGUUCAAAAAGAAAUGCAUGUGCUGAAUUUAACAGGAUUUGAAUCCAUCUGAAAAUAAUACUGAAUUCUUGAACUUAGAAUUGUUCAGAAGGGUUAUGCUUUCGGUUUUUCCCAGUUUUAUUCAGAAAUGAACAUUGUAGCAAGAUUCAUUUACAAAUGAACUGUAAUAAAAAAGGGUUUAAUCUAGAUUUACAGAACUUGGUAUAA